AUGGCACUGCGCAGAUUUGUACUAGUUGAGCGACGAUUGAUACACAACCCGAACGUCUACGAGCAGUACCGAGCAUUCAUGGCAGACUAUCACGAUCAAGGGCAUAUGGUCAAGACAAACCAGAUGGUCGAGGGGGCGUACUUCAUGCCCCAUCAUGCGCUGUUCAACCCGGCGAGCACCACUACUAAGACGAAAGUCGUUUUUGAUGCGUCGGCGACGACAACGACGGGAACGUCACUGAACGAUCACCUUUUCGUCGGUCCCGUGGUCCAGCGAAAGCUAGCAGAUACAGUCCUGCGAUUCCGAAUCCCGAAAAUUGCGUUCACUGCGGACAUCACCCAAAUGUUUCGGCAGAUCGUCAUAAGACCGCAAGAUCGCAAAUGGCAACAGAUUUUUUGGCGUUCGCAACAGGACGUUCCUUUGGAGGUGUACCAGUUGGCUACAGUCACUUACGGCACGGCAUGUGCACCCUUCCUUGCGACACGUGUACUAAAGCAGCUGUGCGAAGACGAGAGCGAGCGUUUCCCCUUGGCAUCGAAGGCGGGAACCGAAGACUACUACAUGGACGACCUGUUGAGUGGGGUGAAUACAGUGGAAGAAGCGAUGGAGAUGCAAUCCGAGUUCGUCGAAAUGAUGUCAUCCGGAGGCUUUGUGCUACACAAGUGGGCCUCCAAUCACCCUGCAUUGUUGCAAUCCGUUCCGAAUUCCGACGCCGAGCAAGUCGCAUUUUUCGAGGACGAGAAGACCACACGAACACUAGGGUUAACCUGGCAGCCCCGCAACGAUGUGUUCCUCACGAAAGUACACGAGAUUCAGUUCCAUACCGGCCAACCAACGAAGCGAACUGUGUAUUCGGACAUUGCGAAACUGUACGACCCACUAGGCCUGCUGGGUCCGCUGAUCUUUGCUGCGAAAGUGAAGCUGCAGAAACUGUGGCACCUCGAAGUGGACUGGGACGAAGCUUUGAGCACCGAAGAGACCGAAUCUUGGGAAUGUUUCCGCAACCAAAUAUUUCAGAUGGGCGAAAUCUCGAUUCCACGCUGUGUACUCCCCUACAAUUCAGACAACAGCAUAGAAUUACACAGCAUAGAAUUGCACGGCUUUUGCGAUGCAUCCGACCUGGGCUACGGUGCAUGCGCCUACAUUCGAUCGGUCGAUUCGAAUAACGAUUGUUCGGUAUUAUUGCUAACUUCUAAGUCUCGAAUCGCACCCCUCAAAAACGCAAAACUGACUACCGCACGUCUCGAACUUUGCGGUGCUCUUGUACUUGCACGAUUGAUGUCUAACAUUACGCAAAACUUGAGCAUUACCUUUUCCAGAAUCACUCUCUGGUCCGAUUCCACGACCGCUUUAGCUUGGAUUAGGACCGACCCAAGCAGACUGAAAACCUUCGUCUGCAAUCGCGUUAUAGACAUCCGAAACCUGACACACGACAUGGAAUGGAGGUACGUCAAUACCCUCAACAACCCUGCUGAUGUCCUAUCCCGAGGUCUAUUACCAAGCGAAAUCAAGGACUGCGAACAAUGGUGGACUGGACCACUGUUCCUGCGAGAAACCGACACCUUUUGGCCGAACCAACCACAAAACACACCCGCAGAGCAGCUCCCGGAAACGAAAAACACCACAAUUAGCCUCACAGUCACAGACCCUCCUGUAGAGUUCCGGUUGUUCGAGAUCGAAAGUGAGUUCCGGAAAAUGCAACGAAAAAUGGCAUGGGUGCUACGGUUCAUCGACAACGUUCGUAAGGGACACCAGAAAGAUCAUCGAUACAGAGAGCUGACCGUUCCAGAACUUCAUCAAGCAACAGUGGCCCUGACCAGCAUUGCGCAGAGAGAAGCCAUCCCAGACGACAUCCAACGCCUACGCUCUGGAAAGCAAGAACAAGCUUAG